GCCGACAUCUAAAUAUUGAGGGGUUUUCUUUGUUUUCAGUUUAAUUUUUCUUUAUUUUGCCUUUUGAAAAGCGUAAAAUGUGGACUGAUAGUGAUUGACGAACGUCCGUAGAAUCGCAGAAAGUGUUAAUAGUGUCACGGUGGCCCCCCGCGGCCCCAAUAGUGUUGCAGAAUUCGGAAGGUUGACACAAAAAUCUGUCAAUCUCCCAACUAGCAGAUUCUAAUUUAUUUUUGCAUUUCUAGAGAUUAAAGCCUCCACCUAGCCUGACACUUAAUGACUACAAUCUAACAACAGCCAAAAAUUAAAAAAAAAACUAUGGGAUGAAAUAACUUUCUAACCGUGUGUAUUAGGUAUGGGCCAAGUGCCUCGGCAAGCAAUCAUGAAUCCAAAUACCUCGGCCCGAUCUCCGGGCUACCAUCAAAAGGCCAUGGAAGAAAUCCAAAAUUCCUUAAGGCCUUUUGCUAAAAGCGGCAGUGAAACUGUAGGUUCUAGUGCCGCCAGUACAAUUUCCAGUUUCUCCCAAACUAGCGGUAUCAGUUCGUUAAGUUCCGCUUCAGGAUCCAACGGCGACAAUGGAAAAGAUCAUUUACAACUGAGACAUGGAUUGGCCCAAUUGUUAAGUCUAGGCUAUUCGGAGGAUUCAUCUAUGAGGGCCCUACAAGGCUCGAACGGCCGAGUUGAUUUGGCCUUAGAUUACCUUAUCAAGCAACUACCGGAAUCCAGUAAAAAUGCGGGAUAUUCCAAGCUUAUUCGCAAGCCGAGCAUCGAGAGGGAACUGGUGCAUCCCAGGGGCAGUCCCGCUUUGGAUUCUGGAGCGGGAAGCUCUAGGAGCGAUAGUCCUCGAAUGACCGACAUCCAUAGCUCGAGGUACUCUCCAAGUUUCGGGGAGCCUCCACCCCCUCCGCCGCCAAGAACCACACCGCCCCCGCCGCCUCCUCACGCCCCCCCGGCUUAUCAACAAUCAGUGCCGAAUAACGUGCAGCAAAUGUUCAAGAGGAUGUCGCCGGCGCCGCCCGUGGUCCCUAACAGGGCUCCGCCGGCGGCCCCCGGAAGCGGUUAUGGUUCCUCCGCCCAAAGGGGCACCAGCCCCGUGGGCAGUGGCAACACCAGGCAGCCGAUGGUCGUCCAAAACGGACCGCAGGUCCAGCAGCAACUGACGCAGCAGAUGCAAGCGUUAAGCCUGUACCCCACGGGCGGGGUGAAUUCUUCGGAACCGCCUCCGCCUUAUCCAUUGAUAGGACAGGGAGGAGGAGGAGGAGGAGGCGGCGGCGGGAGCGGAGCACCGCCGCCCCCCAGUUACUCGGCCAGCAUCCAAAACCGCCAAAGUCCCACGCAGGAUUUUAGGAAGAGUCCGAGUUCCGGGAUUUAUUCGGGAUCUACGUCAGCCGGUUCUCCGAGUCCAGUGCCAGUGUCGAACGCGACCACGCCGACGCCGAUGGCGCGACCGACGCCUUUACAAGCGUGGGGCGCCCGCCAAACGGUCUCUCAGCCCCCGAUAAUAAUGCAAAGCGUAAAAAGUACGCAGGUGCAAAAACCGGUACUGCAGACCGCUACCGCGCCGCCCAUACCCGCGACAUCUAGCGGUCCGAGUACACCACCUGCUACAGCAGCACCACCCCCUUCCUACAAUGCAUCGAUACAGCAAAAGGUUUACACGAACGGGGCAGGCGGAGCGUCCGGAAAACCGGCAGCACCAUUACCCAGCGGGUUAAGUAAUAACCCUGGGGGUCAAGUUAACGUUCCCACUACAGAACCUCCUAGUUACGCUAGUACUAUGCAGGCCAAGGCUAAAGCUAGAGUACACCCGCCACUCCCACCGCCCCCUUACACGGACGACGCGCAUACGAGUUACUCGCCCUCAGGUCACUCGCAUCCGCCCUUACAGCGCAAAUACUCGCCUGCGAUCGGUGGGCCGAACGAGUGCUGUCGGGCCGACAGUCCGCUCUCGACGAAUUCCGGCGACGGUCGGAAUUUGUAUCCGGAUAAUGGCGGAGCACCCCCGUUGCCUCCCACUGCAUCCUCUUCGGUAAAAACCAACUCGAUCAACAACAAUAACAACGGCCACGCGACCAUGAACGGCAAUUCAUCGAACGAAAGUAACGGCAGUAAAAACCAAUCGGAACCGCCUCCGCAAUUGCCCCCUUAUGCCAAAAUUAAACACCAGUCACCGAUACCAGAGAGAAAAAAGAUCAGCAAGGAAAAAGAAGAGGAAAGAAGGGACGGCAAAGUGAAAAACUACUCGCCUCAGGCUUUCAAGUUCUUUAUGGAGCAACACAUAGAGAACGUCAUAAAGUCUUAUAGGCAAAGGCAGUACCGUAGAAUGCAGUUGGAAAAAGAAAUGGUUAAAAUAGGUCUAAGUAGUGAAGCUCAACAGCAAAUGCGAAAAAUGCUCUCGCAAAAAGAAUCGAAUUAUAUCAGGUUGAAGAGGGCGAAGAUGGACAACAAUAUGUUCGAGACGAUUAAGCCUAUAGGCGUAGGGGCCUUUGGGGAAGUCAAAUUAGUUAGGAAAAUUGAUACUAAUCAUCUUUAUGCGAUGAAAACUUUACGGAAGGCGGAUGUUUUAAAAAGGAAUCAGGUCGCCCAUGUGAAAGCAGAAAGGGACAUUCUAGCGGAAGCCGAUAACGAGUGGGUAGUAAAACUGUAUUACUCGUUUCAAGAUAGCGACGUCCUUUACUUUGUCAUGGAUUACAUACCGGGGGGCGACCUUAUGUCUUUGUUAAUCAAAAAGGGGAUAUUCCCGGAAAGUUUAGCGAGGUUUUAUAUAGCGGAACUAACUUGCGCGGUGGAGAGUGUACAUCGGAUGGGUUUUAUUCAUAGGGACAUUAAACCGGACAAUAUUUUAAUAGAUAAGGAUGGCCAUAUUAAAUUGACCGACUUCGGGCUUUGCACAGGAUUCCGGUGGACCCACAACUCCAAGUAUUAUCAGCCAAACGCAGACCAUAGUAGACAAGACUCGAUGGACCCGAUAGACGACAUAAACGAGCAGUGCAAGUGCGCCAAACCUUUAGAGCGAAGAAAAAACCGCGAGAGACGAUGUUUGGCGCAUUCGUUGGUCGGCACGCCGAACUACAUCGCACCGGAGGUGCUGCAACGGACGGGAUACACGCACGUGUGCGAUUGGUGGAGCGUCGGGGUGAUUUUGUACGAGAUGUUGGUCGGUCAGCCGCCCUUUUUGGCCAACACCCCCGCGGAAACUCAAUAUAAGGUUAUAAACUGGGAAACGACGUUACAAAUACCAAAACAGGCGAAUCUGACGAAAGAAGCGACCGAUUUAAUUUUGAAGUUGUGCUGCGGCGCCGACAAGAGACUGGGCAGGAACGCGAACGAAAUUAAGAGCCAUUCGUUCUUUAAGGAGAUCGAUUUUGAUAAGGGCCUUCGACGACAGCCUGCACCGUACAAACCCCGAAUCGACAACCCGACGGACACCUCGAAUUUCGAUCCGAUCGAUCCGGAUCGAUUGCGCUCGAUGGACUCUUCGAAUUCGAGCGAUUUGAACGACAACUCGAAGCUCUAUCACGGAUUUUUCGAGUUUACAUUCAGGAGGUUCUUCGACGACGGCGGCGUGGCGGCCUUCAACAAAAUCAACCUGGACGACAACGAGAACCAGGGGGGACCGGUGUACGUGUGACCCGUCGCAUCUCCUUAAUCAGGACUUGCAUGCGGACCGUGAAAAAACCCGGUCUACAAAGUCGAAAUUUUGGUUCGUUUUUAUUUUCCCGGGGGGUCUGAAAACCUCACCCGGUCGAUUCGCCCGAUCGAGAGUCGACGCGCGUGAAUCGCGUUUUUGAAUCGGGGCAAAAAAUAUCAAUCAAAUUUUGUAUACGUAACUUCUGGGAAGGUGAGAAUAAUUGUUUGUUUUAUUUCUUUUUUUUUUUUUGUGUCAACGUUCUGCGAUAGUUUGGAUUUUAUUGUGGGAAGGUGGAGGAAUAUCAACUUUUUCAAAAUUCAUUCAGAUGAAUUUUAUAUAAAAGGAGUUUUUCAAUGCUAAUAAGUAAGUGUUGGUGUACCUCUAGCUUAAGAAGUACAGGCAGGAAUAGAAAGAAGCGUAUGGUUGAAAAUAAAGCGGACGCCAAAAGGGCUAAGUGACUAAAAGGGAUCUUUAAACGAAAAGAAUUGUUUUAUUUGGCAUAUAUACCAAUUUUCAACCUUAUAUACGGUGUGUCUGCGUCAAUUUUUUUUCUUUGCUGGGAAUUAUUGCCCCGGCAGUUUUGGAUUUAUUUUCAGCAAUUUAAACUUAGUUUUGAUGCAUUUCGACUAUUUGACUUAAUGUUUCAUACCUUUCAGAUAUUUAAAUAAAAGUAAAACUAAAGAAAAGUAAUUUUUCAUUGGCUUUCGAAUAAUUCUUAAAAUUAUUUCAAGCAUUUGAAGUUGUUUCUUUUAUUUGGCUGUAUACAUAUUCAAUUUAUUUACACUAAUUCUUAAUAAUGUUCCAGGCGUUUGAGGCCUUUUGAAAUUUUUUCCACAAGAAAUACCAAAUUGCCUAAUUCCUGGAAUUAUAUUGAAAAUAUAAAGUACUAAGUCAAAAAAUAUAGUUUUUCAGAAAACGAAUUUGAAAAUUUAAAAAAUUGCUGUAAAUUCGAUUAUUAAUUUAAAGCCUGAAGUUUUUGAUAUUAGUCAGAGUAUUUAAUUCUUUUUUAGAUCAAAUACUAUUCAUUAUCUAGAAAAGUGUAUUUUCAAAAAUUUGAAUGACUUAAGUCUUUAUGAACAAAAAAAAAGUUUUUUUUAGCUUACUGAUUUUUAAUAAAGGACUUAUGUCAGAAUGGAGUAACUUUUAAUAAGGCAAAUAAUAUCAAAAUACAUGUUUUAAAAAACACAAACUAACUUUUUUUCCCUUAAAAACUAAUUGAUUCAUUUAAGUAUUUAAUAGUAAGUAUUUAAUUUUCUUCUUGUUCUACUGCUUCAUCCACUAGAUCUGGGUCAUUAUCAAUAACUUUAGUAUCGGUAGGUAAAUUUUGAUAAAAUUGGUGAAACACUGGUGGCACCAAAGAAAGAAGCGAACACAAGUCUUUCUUUUUCUUUCGCAGAUUUAGGUGCGAUGGUAGGUACCUUUUAUCAUUUGUACGUCUUGUAUAAUGACUCUCGUGAGAAGGGAACGAUUUAAUAUGUGUACGCACUUCAUUUAAUUCCUGUUCAGAUUUUUUAUUUACGGAAGAUGUUAUACCUCUUUGAUCUUCAACAGUAAUGCCAGAAGUGCUUUGCAUUUUGUUUUUUAAAACCACUUUUAGAACUUUUCCUUUUCACCCAAAGUCUUACAAAAACAAUCUUUACAUACAGAUAUUCUUUUUCCAUUUAUUUCAAAAAAAUAUUCGUAAGUUACUUCUCUGUUUUUUGAAGAGUCGCGUUUUCUUUUACGGCUUACUUGGGUAUCUUUGGAAUUAAUUAGAUUUGCAAUAAAUGUUACCCUUUUGCUAUGGGAUCCUAAGGACCAAUAUUCAUCAAAAAUUUUUUUUCGAACGUCUUCAUUUAGUGUUUGUGAACAUUUUUUUCUACAAUCUUUUAAAGGCUUCACAUGUCUUGCAUUUACCAUUUUACUGCUUAUAUUCACGUAACUUUGUCAAGAAUGAAAAAAUUUUGACUUAAGACCAACAUUUUUCGGGAUUUCGUCAAAAAAUUACUUAAGACCUUUGUACCUAACAUCAAAGAAUUAGUUUAAGAGUCUAGAAAGAAUUAAAACUAACUUUAAAUAACUGGAAGAUAUUUAAAAGGUGUACAAGCUUCUAGAAGAUCGAAAAUAGCUUAAUAUUCUUUUAAAAAUGUCUUGAAAAUUACUUUAAAUGCGUGGAACGAGUUAGUAUUUCAUUUAAUUUUCCAAGCAUUCAAUUUUUUAUAUUCCGCUAAUGUUUCGUUUGAAUUAAUUAAUAUUCACAUAAUUUAAAGUUUUCUCCCCAUGAAUUUCUUCAAAUUUUUGGAAGACCUUUAACAUUUCCUCAAAUGCCUGGAAUUAUAUCAAAAAUAAUCUAAAUUCUUGCGAAGUAUCAUAAAUUAACAUACUUUAAAUACUUAGAACAAAACCACUAUUUCAUAUAGUUUUUCAUAUUUUCCAGGAAUUAAAAUUCUUAGUACAGUAAUGUAUGGAUAAUCCGAACAGAAAGUUGGCAGACCCCGUUCGGUUUACCAAAACUUUCGGAUUAUAGGAUUUAUAAUACAUGAUUUCUAUAAUCCGACACGUUCGGUUAAUAGAUAAUUUUCUUCACCAUAUAAAUACACUAUCGCCAUAAAACAUAUUUGUACAUAAUGGAUUUAAAAACCUUUAUUUAUGUGCAUACAUAAAUGCAUAUUUCAAAACAAAAAUAAACUUAGCAGGAAAUCAAACAAAAGAUUCAGUAAAAAUUUAUCUAAGAAGAAAAAUAAGAAAACAGUUAACUGCAUACAUAAUAUGGACAUACUUCAUUGCCUCUUAACAUUUUCUUUGAAUAAAAUUGUCCAGAGUUCAUUGAACAGGUUUUUUGAUGCUUAGAUCGACAGCCUUCUGUCGAAUUCUUCUUAGAUGGAUCACUGCAUGCAGUGGCAAUUCAUCUUAUCAAAUGAGAUCACCGGUUCUUUGCUGGACAUUUUUUGUAUAAGUUCAUCCUCGUCAUCAGGUUUGUAAUUUUCUUCCUGCGACGUUUCGCAGGAGGAUCAUUGCUAAUGAGCAAUGAUCUCAUCAUCUUCUAAGAUCUCUAUAUCCAAAUUUUCCUCGUCAUCACCUCUUGUCCAUUUUUCAACUUCUGUUUUAUCUAUCAGAUUAUCAGCACGAUUCACUUUGUUCACUAACUCCACUAGAUCAGGUCUUUCAUCUGACAAAAUAGAAUCACAUAUUUCUCCUCGUAAAACAUGCAAGGGUAUCAAAUCUUCUUCAUCCCAUUCAUCCAUGUCCUUGGCGGAAAGAAGUUGACACCACGAUUUUCUCACCAGUUUUUCAGGCACUUGCUUCCAAGAUUCGGCUAAUGCAAACACAGCAUCCUUUAGCGAGAUGCGCAAUGUUUUCAUCAUCUUGUACAAGUACCUCUUGCAGCAGCCUUUUUCGAUAUGUGACUUAUAUUUUGGAUCACAUUCUGGUCCAUCGGCUGAACCAGGGCAGUGCAGUUAGAUGGAAGAAACAUGACUUGAAUAUUACCAUGAUGGCUGGCUAGUUCUUGGCCUGGUCUGUGAGCUGAAGCAUUGCCAGUAUUAACCCUUGAUUGCAUGAUUUUAUUGCGGGUGGAAAAAAAUAUAUUCAGGAAAAAAAAUAAUGAAACUAUGUAAUAGAUGAUCAUAAAAAAGAUUUUUAUUAGUUUUUUUUUGUUUUUUAACAAAAUUUGUCUUGUUGCAAAUUUGCAGCAGCAUGAAAAAUUGAAAAAUUACGCUUUUAGGAGAAAAAAGGCCUAAUUACAAUGAAAAGAAUAAAAACAGUUUUAUCUUUUGUAAUACAUAAAUAAACACCACACUUAUCGCAUUUGAAGUGGGUAAAACCUUUACAGCCCGGCAGUUUGCAUCUUUGUCGUGCAAUAUCAUACUUGACCCAAUGGGAAACGUUAUCCAUUCGAACGUCUUUGGGAGGAACAUGUUGCAUAGGCCCUCGUUGUCUUUUCGCAGCUACCUCCUUUUCAACUGAUGAGGAAGGUCUGCCUUUCUUUUUAAUUUUUAAGCUGUCUAUGAGACAUAACGUCUCUGCAACCUGCAGCCUAAAUUCCCAUUGAUUAAACUCAUUAGUUUUUCCUUUUAUUUUAUUGACUUUUUCUGACAAAAGCCAAGCAUUUAUAACCGUUACAUCGACAAAAUGAAAAAAUAUCCUAAGGUACCACUUUUUGGAUUUUAGAGGAAUCUUAUAUCUUCCAACGUGGCUGUCUAACAUAUCCACCCCUCCCAUAUGUUGGUUAUAUUCUGAUAUAAUAUUUGGACAAAAAACAAACACCUUUUCUUUUCUUUUCUUAUCAAAUCGUUGCACCUCCUUGAAAGGUUCAGCUCCAUAGCAGGUUGAGAGAAGGGUGACCGUUUUAUUGUUAUUCUAGGAAACUAAACUGAGGUCAACUCCAUCACUAGUGGUAACAAACUCUUCCGACGUGCCCCUAGCUGUUUUUUUUGAACUGCUUUUCUUCAGUUCGUUUACUUUGAGGAAUUCGAUUACGCCGAAUGCCCCUUCUCGCCAUGUAGGUAAAAAGCGGUAAUGUAGUAUAGUAAUUGUCACAGUAUAUUUGAUAGUUUAAAUUAUUCGGAACUAUCCUAGCCAGUCUGACAACUGCAUUGGCGCUGGCUCCGAGAUCUAGCUCUUCGGGUAAAACCCUCGUAAAAAAGUUUGAGCCAGUGUAGACUUCAAAAUUGUAGGAAAAACCAAAGGUGUCGCAUAACAUAAAAAUUUUGAAAUUUGAAUUGUUUUAGGUGGUGUCGAGUUUUCGUUGCACAAAUUUGCUCGUCAAUGGAUAGCUUGCCCUCCAGGGGAAUAGAAGAAAAUUUUUCAUUUAGGGCAUCUAAUACUGGCCGGAGCUUAUAGAGAUGAUCAUAUUGAGGAUCAGAUCUGUCAAGAUUAUUUUCAUUGUUAUUGAAAUGUAUGACGGAUUUUAAUUUUUCAAAUCGGUUGAUUGUUAUACAAUUUUUUGUAUAACAAUUGUCUCCAGUGACAUCGUGUUCUAGGCAAUUUGGAGACUGACAUAUAUAAACAAGCUCCUAAAAAUUUAUAAACGUCUGUGAUAUUUAUAUUCGCUGGCUUAUUUGGAUUUUUUGCACACUGUACAAAUUUGUUUCUUGUACAAUUUUGUUGCAUAAGUCAUUUGAGAAAAAAUAGGCAAAGAAUUGAAAAAGUGUCUCUAAAUCUAAAAUUUCUUUUGAAAAAUCAGUCUGUCCAUGAAAUGUUUUUGCUCCAUCAGGAGUCUGAAGAUUUUUUUUGUGCCAUGUAAUGUUUAUUGAGGGUUUACUUUUUUUUGAUACACUUGGUAUAUUGUUUUGAAAAAUUUCGGAUUGUACAUUUUCUGGAUUUUCCGAGAGAUUUUCUGAUAUGGCUGCUUGGACAUCAUCUAAAUUCUCACCUAUAAUGUGUGUCACUUCGUUGAUAGUUUCUUCAUCAUCCGAAUCAGAGCUCUCCUCUAGAUGGGGAUCAAACUCGGGGUCAUCUCUGCUAUCCAUGACGGAAAAUUCCUUAAGUUCAUCCUCACUGAAGUCCCAGUUAUCCCAUAUACUGGGUAACUCGUCAUCAGUAAGCGGCUUUCUAGUAUUUCGACUUUCCAUUUCUACAAGUAAAAGGUAUAUUAUAGAGCAAUUAUAUCAUAUUGUUGCAAAUUUGCUACAUAUAAGUUCAAGUACCUAUAGAACUUUUUUUAUGGAAGAAAAAAUUAUUUGUCUAUAAAUAUUUAUUUUUACAUACCUUUUUAUCCGAACAGUAGACACUCAUAUAUUAUUUUCACACUAAAUUGAAUUAUAACUCAAUAACGUUUAUUUAUACGAUACGACCCAUUAGCUGUUUACAAUACACUGAACGAUGAAUCUUCAAAUAUUGCCGAUCGCGACAUCUAUAGGCAAUUGGAUGAAAUUGUUUAUUCAUUGUGAGGUAUGUAGCAUAUAUGAUACAGCGCGGAAAUACUACAUCUUUUACAGGAUAGGCAAAUUCUAAACACAUUAGGAUUAUGUUGCAAAUUUGCAACAAGAUGAAAUAAAGGGUUAAAGGGGCUUUCUCUUCACGGAUUGGGAUUUCUCUUCAUUGGAUUUGCAGAAGGCAUAAAUGUAAUUCGGUCUUUAUUGAUUUUCCGAUCCAGGGCACCCUUUUCGUCUGCGUGUACUAAUGUCUUUUCAGGAAGGCAGCGCCAGUAUAAUCGUUGUAUAUCGUAUAAUCGUCAUCGAUUCGUCCGCGUUAUAGAUUUGCUCUGAAGAAAGACCGAGUUGCUCAAUAUUUUGUUGUGCUCAAUGUUUUGAGUUCUAUACGGAAGGGUUCCACAGCAUUUUCGUCACUCGACAGCUUUUCCCCGGUAACUUUCAACGAGCGGAUCCCAAAUCUGUGUUUGAAGCCUUAAAACCAUCUUCUGCUAGCUUCGAAGUUGACUCCUUCGUCAUUAUUCAUUUCUGUGAAAAAUUGGCGAGCCUUUUGAAGUAUGAUUGCUUCGGAAAUUGGUGUAUGUCGUGCUCUCUGUUGCAAAAACCAUGUAUACACUGCAUCUUCAACAACAGAAAAUUCCGCUUCGCGCAUCGUUUUUCUUGUUCGCGGCCCUUUUUGCAGUACGCGACACAUAACGAUUAAUUACUACUAAUAUGACGAUAAUAAACUCUUUUUUUUCUUGAUAUCGGAUAUUGUUGACUUCCCGACAUUGAAACGUGUCGCCAAGGACGUGAAUGAACGUCCGGAAUCCAGCAGACGUAAAAUUUCAGCCUUUUGUUUAAGACUUAAUGUGACAUGCUUACAUUUAGAAACCAUGGUUUAAAUGAAAUAUGUGAUACAUAUACAUAUAUGCAGCGUGCAACUCACAACACAACUACAUAACUCUACUCUUUCCAUAAAACACGUCAAAACCACGCAACGUCUUGCUGCAAGAACAAACUUACAAUUAUGAAUUACUCACAUAAAUUAAACGUUGCAUCAUCUUUUCGCACUAGACGCCCACGCUCGCGUACGUACCGACAGUUCGGAUUACGGAAUUUACGGUGUUCAGAUUAUGGAAUCAAUUUUACGCAACUGGGGCGUUCGGAUUAUACGGGGUUCGGACUAUCCAUACAUUACUGUAUUUUUAUUUUAGAUUUUCCGAGUAAUUCUCAAAGUUUUUGACCUGGAAUUUUGAACGAUCUCUUUCGAUAAGUUUCUCAAUUUUUGCAAAACCUAAAUAAUUAUAUGAAAUAAUUGACAUUACAUAAAAAAAAAAUAACGGAUGUUCUUGGAAUAAGAAUUUAGUCUUUGUAAGCAGUUGAUUUUUGCAUGUCUUCCUGGCAUUUUCAGUUAAUUAGUCAAUUUCGAAUGAAAACUCCAAAAGUACAGUUUUUUUUUUUAUAAGGGAUAGUUACACCUUAAUGCAGACACAGCGUAUAUAAUUUUCAAAAAACAAGGUUUCCAGUUUAAAGUGUAAUUAUUAUUCGAUUGCAAGAGACAAUAAUAAUAAAACGAUUUGACUUUUUUCUAAAGUUUUUGCCACGUUCGAAUUUUUCUUUGCUAAUCUGAGACCCCACAAAAAAACCCUCGCAUUCAGGUGGUUGAUUUCACCCUAAAACCGUUUCAGGGUCCGUUAAAGUUAAAGUGACGUCUAAAAAACGAUUUUUUUUUGAAAAUUUUUACAUAGAAUGUUAAGUUUGAACAUUUUAUUGAUAAAAAAGUGAGGAUGAAGUAAAAAAAUGUAAAAUUUUAAAAAUUAUAAAGGAUUUUCUACUUACGUAUGAUUCACAAUUACACCCGGCUUAACUACACUCUAUUUGCGACUAGGCAUCACGUUGACCUUUAUAUAUGCUAUUAAUUUAAAUUUAAACCCUUAAGUAACAAAAUUCAGCAACUUAGAAGGAUUUACAUCACUUCUUUAGGUGAUAAACACAAAUUUCCACAAGCAAAUCAGGAAUAUCAAAUAUGCAAAUACGGAUUUAUUCAUAAAUAAAAAAAAAUGUCAAAAUGUCACAUAUUUAUUGGGAGUGGCUACUGUACUAGUACGAUUAUUGUGCGCACAUGGGACUGUGUGGUUGGCGUACAUGUGGAGUUAGCAUUGAAAAAGGGAUUGGAACCUUGGGUUGGCGCUAAGUAGUGGGUUGGGUAGUCGUUUGAGCCCUACUUAGGGAAUGGGAUAAUAGUUAAAAAAUGGGAAUUAUAGCCAGAAACACGCGUGUUUGUGCCUAUAAUUUCUAUGCCUUAUCCCUAUUCCUAAUGCCUAUAAUGAAUUUAAAGAUAUUUAUUGUUUUGACUAUAAAUUAAUGUACAUUAAACCUCAUCGUUAAUAUUUACUUAUUAAUAAUUAAAUAUCUUAAAUUAUGUUUUUUUUUUCAAAAUGUAUAUUUAUUAUAUAUAAAAUUACAUAAAAUAUCAAAUAAUUUUAUUUAUUUAAAUACCUAUUUUUUACCUAUUUUUUAACACCUGAUAAAUGUGUUUUGUUUAUGUAAUGUAAAAUCUAAGUGGGUAUAUUAUGCCUUAAUUAUCUAAAAUCGAGUCCACAGCCAACCCAUCCAACUAAAAAGUGUUCCAACCAAAAAAUACUACUGGGGACGUAGUGAAGCCACUCCCAUUUUCGUCAAUAAGGUUAUUGUUUUAUAUUUCGUGUGUGUAAAUUACAAAAUAUGUAAUUAUAGUAUUAUAGGGGUACAAAGCGAUAAAGAAUCCUAUAAAUUUACAAUUUUAGCACCCAAAAAGUUCCAAAAUUGCCCCAAUAUAUAUAUUUUUCAAUUAUAGCAAAAUCAAGAGCUAAAAAACCUUGUGCAAGCCGGCAAUAGUUACGUAUUUAACGUAUAUAGAAAAACCUUCAUAAUUUCCAAAAUUUUGUAUUUUUUCCAAUCAUCCUCACUUUUUCAUCAAUAUUUUGACCACACUCAACAUUCUAUGUAAAAAUUUUCAAAAAAAAAUCGAAUUUUAGACGUCCCUUUAACUUUACCGGACCCCCGUUUCAAAACAAAAAUAUCCACUCUUACCUGCUUAAAAACCAAACUGCAACCACACUCGGUUUGACUUAAAUCCAUAUCAUAAAUUGAAAAAAAUAUAUAUAUAGUGCCUUAAGCUAAAACGAGUAUUACGCCGUAUCCUCAUCAUAUCAUUUUAAGCAUUUUUGUCGUUUUAACCAAAGUCUCUGCCUUAGAUGUAUGCCUUACUCGAGCUCAAUUAGUUGAACAGUUUUUUUUUUUUUUUUUUUAUUUUGUUAUGGAAAGACUAUUAUUAUUAUAGUUAGAAUUUUUUUCACAAACAAUUUAUGGUGCUAAAAACUAAUUAAUAAAAUAUUUUCGUAAAUGUGAUAUCGUAACCAGUUUCUGUACUAAUACCGCCGGACAGUGAUGUAAAGUCGUAAUAGUAUGGGAAACUAUUUUUGGAAAAUCUUAUAUUUUUUUUAGUGCUGAACGUACAGGGUGUCCGAUUUUAAAGUUGAGAUUUCGACAAUUAGAAUUUUUUGUCUUUUUCCUGGAAAUAAUAAACAGAAAUCUGACAAUAAGUAACACUUUUUUAAUGAUGAAACUGGUUUGAAUUAAUGAUUUUUUAUUAAUAAGUUAAUGAUAGAGGUUUCGAUCAGUACGGAGUCAUUCUCAGGGUUCUACAAAUUGACAAUUUUUAGGUUAUAAUGGAUGCGCCUUGAUUAAACUCGUGAAAACGUCACUCAUAAUCAAAAUACAGCGUAUCGGAUCUGUUUUUUGUGUAUAGCUCAUGUUGUUUUUGAGAUAUCGAUAUAAAAAUGAGGAAUCGCAUGCCGUUUCAUGCUAUAAUUUUCUUACUAGUAUCGUUUUAUUAUUUUUUAUUAAAGUAACUGAUAAAACGAUUAUUUUUAAGGAAAGUAGGUAUACUACGUUUAUUUCAGUUAAACAACCCGUAUUUGAAAUAUUUUCAUUUAAACAUUCUGUUGCACAGUCAAAAAUACUAAACACGGAUUCUAGGAUAACAAAUUAACAUAGUGGUGGAUAGUUAAAAAUUAUGUGAAUUUCCAUGGCCUCCGCGUAUUCCGGAUUUUGAUCCUUUGUAUUUUUUCUUUUUGGAUUAUGUUAUAUUAUAAGUCAUUACUUUAUACAGAUGAAAUUCGCACACUAGAGAAACCAAUGAUUCCAACAAUCGGGAAUAUACAAAUAACCUUAUUCGAAGUUAGACGCUAUGUGGUGACAGGAUUAAGAAAAUUACAUUUUGCAAAUUUGUUAAAUUAAUGUUUUCUAAUCAUUUUAUUCAUUUUUAGUGUUUUUAACAGUAUAUUUAAUUGCAAAUAUUUCGAAAACGCUUUGUUCAACUGGAAUAAAUGUAGUACACCUUUUUUUCUUAAAACUCUUAAUUCUAUCACAUACUUUAACAAGAAAAAAAUAAAACGGUAGUAUUCUGAAGAUUUGUUACUUUUUUCAAAUAUUAUUUGUUGGUUUUCUUUAAUUUACAUAAUGUCCCAAAUUAAAAAAAAAAACUGUAAUUCAAGGAGGUGUUUUUUUGGAUACUAUUUAGGUUAUAAGAUGGAUUGGCUAUCCAAUCUUUAUAAGGAUAAAAAAAGAUUUUACCAAGAUUUCUAGAAGAUCCUGGAUGUCCUAGAGAAUAACAAUUAUUCCUGGUUUUUUAAUGAUUUGUCCAGGAUUCGGGAGCAGUAGUUCUUUCCCAUUAUCCUGGGGGAAAACAUUGACUCUAGGGAUUUUAAGGAAGGUCUGAGUGAUUUUCAGGGUAUGAUUUUGUACAAAAGUGGAUGCUGAUAUUUUUUUUUUGUAAUUUUUCAAAAUUGCCUUAGUACAAAUUCUCAGGGAAAUUAUUCCUUUUUUUCAGGAUUUCCUAUGGAAAAUAGAGACUUUUCUUGUAAAAAUAGUUAAAAAAAAUCGAAAUUUUCAAGGCAGUUGAAAUCCAAUAAAAAAUCGGUAACUCCUUUCUUACACAUUGUUGGAAAGGUCGAAUCUGAGGAAGUUUUUUUAAAUUUUCUAAAAUUGCCAUAGUAAAAGCUCUGAAGGAAAUCAUCCCAUCCCUAUUUCCAAGGUUUCCGAUGGAAAAUAGAGACUUUCCUCAUGAAACUUUUUCAGUCCAGCUAAUUUUGAAAUUUUCCAUGCAGUCGAAAACCAAAAAAAAUUCCUAUAACUUCUUUAUUACAAAUUUUGGGAAAAGUCGGUUCUGUGGUAUUUUUAAAAUUUUCCAAAAUUUCCAUAGUACAAGUUCUGAUGAAAAUUAUCCCCUUUUCUUGGGUUUGCUAUGGGAAAUAGAAACUAAUGUAUAUAAAAAUGUUUUCAUUUAGCUAAAGUUAAAAAAAAUAAAAUUUUCCAGGCAGUCGUUAUCCAAAAAAAAUGCCAAUAACUUGUUUCUUACACAUUUUUAGUAAAAGUCGAUUCUGGGGUGUUUUUUUAAAUUUUUCCAAAUUUCCAGAGUACAAGUUUGUAGGUAAAUUAUCCCUUCUUUGAGGGUUUCUUUAUUAGGGUAAUUUCGAAAAAAAAAUCGAAAUUUUCCAGGCAGUUGAAAAUCAAAAAAAGCCAAUAACUUCUAUGUUACGCAUUUUUGGAAAAAAUGUGUAAAACACCUUUCUUUUUGCUCUUAAAGGGAGCGUCUAUUAACAAAAUAAAAACAUUUACAUUUUCUAUACAUUUUGAGGAAAUGGCCUUUUUUCAUUAAAUAAUUUUCCACGAUUUUCUCCCACUGUAUCGAAUAUAAAAUAAAAAUUUUCUCUUUGACCAAUAGAUUCCUUAUAAAUAAAUAUAUAGUAAUUAUUCAAAAAAGUUUAAUGCUUUUAGCAUUCAUUGUUUACAUUACAUUUAUGGUAAUUAUCGAUUUUUACUGUUGUUUGGCUUUCUUAUGAAACAUUUGCAAUUUUUAUAUCAGACCUUUUUUUGUUGAUUUUAUGAGAUUGACUUUUGAAAAUACUAAAAUUUCCCAACAAGUUUUGGUCAAAAACCAAAAGAAUGCCAGUAACUACUGUCUUACGCAUUUUUGGAAAAAAAUUGUAAAAUACUUAUUUUUGGCCUCAAAAAACAGCUAAACUUUCUAUAUAUUUUCAGGAAAUUGCCAUUUUUGGUCUACAUAAUUGUUCUUUUAUUUAAUAAAUAAAUAAAAUGUUAUUUUUCCACAAAUUUUACGAUACCCCACUUUCUUUUUUGAUCACCAAAUUGAUGGGAGUUAUCGGUUGUUACUUUUUCCUGACUUUCUUAUGUAAAAAAUGUAGAAUUACUCUAGAGGACUUUUUUAUUGUGUUUCCAUGGUUUAUAGGCAUGAAUUUUUUGUCUACUUACCUCUUGGUAUUUUACACUCCAUUUUGGUAAAAAACCAACAAAAACUGAGAAAAUUACCUUUUUGGGAUUGAUCCUUUUUCUUCCACUAUAAUGGAAAUAAAUUCAAAAUUCAAACAAUAAAUUUAAGCAUUUCCUAGAGAACAGCAAGUCAUUAUUCUAAGCAAUUUUUAUGAAAACUAUAUUUUCAAUGCGCCCAUUGACUCAUACAAUUAAUAGCGAAAUUGCAUUAGGUGGAAAAUGGACAUUUUAUAGAAUCCCGAGGGUGACCACACUUUGUUAGAAACGUCUACUAAAAAUAAUCAGUUUUAAAAAAAAAUUAAUGGUGCACGCAAAAUUCGAAAUGUCGAACUUUAUUUAAUUACUGCUUAAAAAACGGAGCGCCCUGUAUCACAAUUAUGUAAAUAUCUAAUAAAUAUUCAACUUAUUAAGUGAUUGUUUUUAAUUAAAGGAUGAAUAAUGUUUUUCUUUGUUUAUUACACUGCCUUAUUGAAUUAGAUUUGUAUGGGGAAAAAAGCCACUACAGUGUGUACUAAAUUUUCGUUUUUCUCUCUUUUAAGUUAGUUUAGGUAUUAAUUUAUUUAAAAUGCUGUGUUAGAAUAAUAUAUAUUUAGAGUUAUAUAUAUAUAUAUACUAUUAUAUUUUUUUUGCUCAUAUCGAUGGGGGAACGUUUUAACGCGAGUUAAACCUUCCGCGCGUGUAAUUAAGAUAUUUAUUUGUUAUAUUUUUUAGAUAAAGCAGUGUUUUUAAAAAAAUGUUAUUUUUUAGGUGAUAAUUAGCUAUUUUGUAAUUUAGAAUAUGAUUUUCUAGUCUAUCAAUAUUCUAGGUACUCAUUUUUAGUUUUUUUUUUGUUUUUUUUUUACAUUUGGUUCCUUUAUGAAAAUAUACACAGUGCUGGCUAUAUUUACUAAUAUUUAGUUUUAAAUUCUUGUAAAUGUGUGUAAAUAAAUAUAUAUUUUUAAAAUUGA